CCAAGUCUCCAAGCCCUGGCUGCGGCGUUCCAAGUCUCCAAGCCCUGGCUGCGGCGUUCCAAGUCUCCAAGUCCUGGCAGCGGCGUUCCAAGUCUCCAAGUCCUGGCUGCGGCAUUCCAAGUCCUGGCUGCGGCGUUCCAAGUGUCCAAGUCCUGGCUGUGGCGUUCCAAGUCCUGGCUGCGGCGUUCCAAGUCUCCAAGUCCUGGCUGCGGCGUUCCAAGUCCUGGCUGCGGCGUUCCAAGUGUCCAAGUCCUGGCUGCGGCGUUCCAAGUCUCCAAGUCCUGGCUGCGGCGUUCCAAGUCCUGGCUGCGGCGUUCCAAGUGUCCAAGUCCUGGCUGUGGCGUUCCAAGUCCUGGCAGCGGCGUUCCAAGUCUCCAAGUCCUGGCUGCGGCGUUCCAAGUCCUGGCUGCGGCGUUCCAAGUGUCCAAGUCCUGGCUGUGGCGUUCCAAGUCCUGGCUGCGGCGUUCCAAGUCUCCAAGUCCUGGCUGCGGUGUUCCAAGUCUCCAAGUCCUGGCUGCGGUGUUCCAAGUGUCCAAGUCCUGGCUGCGGCGUUCCAAGUGUCCAAGUCCUGGCUGCGGCGUUCCAAGUCUCCAAGCCCUGGCUGCGGCGUUCCAAGUCUCCAAGUCCUGGCUGCGGCGUUCCAAGUCUCCAAGCCCUGGCUGCGGCGUUCCAAGUCUCCAAGCCCUGGCUGCGGCGUUCCAAGUCUCCAAGUCCUGGCUGCGGCGUUCCAAGUCUCCAAGUCCUGGCUGCGGCGUUCCAAGUCUCCAAGUCCUGGCUGCGGCGUUCUAAGUCUCCAAGCCCUGCUGCGGCAUUCCAAGUCUCCAAUUCCUGGCUGUGGCGUUCCAAGUGUCCAAGUCCUGGCUGCGGCAUUCCAAGUCUCCAAGUCCUGGCUGCGGCAUUCCAAGUCUCCAAGUCCAAGAUCAGUUAUCUCACCGUUUGCCUUGCCCAUAGUGGAAAUUAGAAAAAUGCAAACAGCAACUAUGGACUAUCAGGCCAAUGAGCACAUUUCCUCUGCUGAAGGGACAGAUCUGGUGAGAAAUGAUGAGAAGUAUGCAGGGAACCAUCUGUCUGAGAAGGAAGAGACUAAGGUCAUGGAGAUAAAUGCUGUCGGUUCCACAGAACAUCAGGAGAAAGCCAAAGACUUGGAGCCAAGCUCAGUUGUCCUACCAGUCACCAUAUUAGGCAUGGGUGACAGGAAGCCACAUAUGGAAACGAGAGAAUACCAAGCCACACUGCAGUUGUCCUCUGAUGACGGAAUGGAACCUGUGAGAAAUGAGGGAGAAUGUAACAGUUCAUUUGAUCACGAAGGAGCCAAGUGCAUGGAAGGAAAUGAACAAAGUCCCACAAAACACCAAGAAGAUGCUAUGAAGGACAAAAGAUCCAGCUCAGUUGUUUCACCAUUUGCCUUAUCUGUGGAGGAACAUGGAAAAGUACAAACAGAAACCAUAGACUGUCAGGCCAAUGAGCAACACUCAGUUGGUGAAGAGAGAGAUCCAAUGAGGAGUGAGGAGAAAUGCAAAAGUGACCAGCUGUCUCAGCAGGAACAGACUAACAACACAGAGAGAAGUGACUACAAUUCAACAAAACAUCAGAAUAAAGCCAGGAAGGACUUGGGGCCAAGAAUGACAAAAGAGUUCUUGAAACAGCUCUGCAAGGAACAGAAACUCUACCAGACACCUUAUCUGAAUGACACACUCUAUUUGCACUAUAAAGGUUUCUCCUACAUUGAGAACCUGGAGGAGUACACUGGGCUGAGGUGUCUGUGGUUGGAGUGCAAUGGCCUAUUGAAAAUUGGGAACCUGGAUGCUCAGACAGAGCUACGCAGCCUAUUUCUACAUCAAAACCUCAUUCAAAAAAUAGAAAACUUGGAGCCUCUUCAGAAACUGGAUUCCUUAAACCUCAGCAACAACUACAUAAAAGUCAUUAUGAACCUCUCCUGCCUGCCAGUGCUCAGUACUUUGCAACUGGCUCACAACCAGCUAAGUAAGGUGCAGGACAUUGAACAUCUAAAGCAGUGCCCCAGCUUAAGUGUCCUUGAUCUUUCAUACAACAAGCUUGAUGACCCUGAAAUUAUCACUGUCUUUGAGAAGAUGCCGAAUAUACAUGUUUUGAACCUGAUGGGAAAUGAAGUCACAAAAAAAAUCCCAAACUACAGGAAGAUGUUGACUGUGCGCCUGAAGCAGCUAACAUACCUGGAUGACCGUCCAGUUUUUCCAAAAGACAGGGCGUGUGCAGAGGCUUGGGCUCGAGGAGGCUGGAAUGCCGAGAAGGAAGAGAGGAAGCAGUGGGAAACAAGUGAACGGAGAAAGAUUCAGGAAAGUAUUGAUGCCUUAAUAGCAAUCAAGAAGAAGGCUGAGGAGAAGCGCAGCCUCCAAGAAAUGGAAGGAAAAGGUGAAGAUCUUCUUUCAGAGUCUGUGCCUGAGAUAACGCCAUGUUCCUCAGAUGCAGAGACCCGGCAUAAGUUUGAUAAGUUUAUGAAUGAUGCAUUAACAAACCAGGAGGAAGUUCUGGUGGACAGGCAACAAGAGACUAUAAGCAAGAACCAGUACAACAAAUCAUGUCUGCUGAUGUCAGACCAGGAAAAGCAGCCAUCCAUUUGGGAAAGGGCAAGUGAAUCUGAGCUUGUGCAAUCAAAGGAAGGGAUCACCUCGUUGUCACUCAAUACCUCCGACCAAUUGCAGAAUAAAACCCGUAACAGUGAUCCUGAAGACCAGUCAGAUAAACUAUCAAAAAUAAAGCCUGCUCAGGAAAUCCUAGUAACAGAACUGGAUAAGACAGACACCAUGGAUACAAUCCAUUUGGAAGGGGACCAUCAUCUUUACAUUGAUGAUCUCCCUGACCUGGAAGAUGUGGAUAGGUGUGACCUAUCAGAGACUGAACAUACAUUCAGCAACAAGGCAAAUCACCAUGCAAAGAUCGAAGUCCUUGAUACUGGAUGCGAUUGCAGUAAUUCUAACUCAAUGGAUGGAGUUAAAACCAGAAAAGACGAGAUAAUUGUGGAAAUUUCAGCAAAGAAAAACAAGUAUAUUUGUAGACCUUUGCCUGACAAGGAAAAGGCAGAUGAAGCUUUGGAAGUAAAUUCUGCAAAACAACGAACCAGCAGCAAAGCAGAAAAGUUGUUAAUUAGAGAGGGAAAUCCAGAGGAAGUCACAACUACAAUGAAUAGCAGCUUCUUGAUGGACUUAACUACCCCAUCUGUUCAGGGAGAGGAUGAUGAGCCUAAAAAGGUACUGAUUGAGGAAAUUUUCAGCCAACUUGUUACAGAGGACAUCAAGGAAGUUAAACCAUCAAUGCAAGAACACAACCCAAAGGACAGACAAAUUCAAGAGGAAUCAGAAGUUCAGCAUCUGGGUCUCGUCAAUGUUGAAGAUAAUGCGUUUGAACUAGAUUGAGAAGUGCAUGUUUAAAAAAAAAUGGGAAAAAUCCAGUUCACAGAGGAUUUAUCUAACACUUAAGAUUCCUGUUUGACAAAACAAUGUUAACUUUUUUGUUAAUUAAUGAUAUUCUGUUCUACAGUA